CAGGCUUUUCUGGCGAAUUAUCACCUGACCUUGACUCGUGAUCCUCCGUGACACGCACACACGUGUAGAACACAUUCAGCAAAUAACCACAAUCAAAGGAUGGCGCCAGCAAGCGGUUCCUCCCUUUUCUCCCUCCGAGUCCUUGCACACCAAUCUCGUCAUCCCAGAGGUUCAAAGAUGAAGAUAUCAGGAUGUCUAAAGCAGCAGAGGAGGAGAAGCCUGGGGCUGACUAUCCAGGGGACAGUUCAGACUCUGACAGAAACAGCCCUGAUGACCAGGUCCAGCCAAUGAAAACAAGCCCCUUUAGCCUCUCUCCCACACCAACUGGCACCAAGAGAAAGAGUGAGGACAGCUCUGAGAUGACCCAUACUGCUGCUCCUCCUGCGCCUCCCUCCCAACAACAGCAACAGACUCAACACCACCACACACAGCUGAUGCUGGCUGGCAGUCAGCUAGCAGGGCUUGCCGCUCUCCUCCCGGCUCAGCAGCAGCUCCUCCUCCAACAGGCUCAGGCUCAGCUCCUGGCAGCCGCCGUUCAGCAAUCAAAUGCUGCCCACGCCGCUCACGCUGCCCACGCCGCCGCGCAGCAUCAAGCCAACCAGCAACAGCAGCAGCAACAGCAGCAGAACCAAUCACAAUCCCAGCAGCAGCAACAGCCAACCAAACAGGAGCAACAAGCACCGCCUCCACAUCUGGCCCUGACGCAGCCAAUCCAGCUCACAGCCCAGGACAUCCAGCAGCUGUUGCAGCUCCAGCAGCUGGUUUUGAUGCCUGGUCAUCAUCUCCAGUCUCCUGCCCAGUUCCUCCUUUCUCAGCCAGCACAAGCCCAGCAGCCGCAGCAGGGUUUGCUCUCAACACAAAAUCUGAUCCAGCUACCUCAGCAAAGCCCAGGGGGACUACUGACAACCCCACCUCGCCUGGGACUCCAAGCACAGAGGGAGAAGAGCAGUGAUGUUGUAGUCGGUGGAAGCAGCAGCAGCGGCUCUAUAGUUGCCACCGGCAGCAGUGGCGUUGGUGUUGUGACGUCUGUAGGAGUCACCUCUGCAUCCAGCAGUGCUAUGGCUUCCUCGAUGGCUUCCGGCCUGACUCCUGGAGGUCACGGGGGUCACUUGGGAGAAGAGCCCAGCGACCUGGAGGAGCUGGAGCAGUUUGCCCGCACCUUCAAACAACGACGCAUCAAGCUGGGAUUCACCCAGGGAGACGUCGGCGUGGCUAUGGGAAAGCUUUAUGGCAACGACUUCAGCCAGACCACCAUUUCCCGAUUUGAAGCACUCAACCUGAGCUUUAAGAACAUGUGCAAGCUGAAACCACUGCUCGAGAAAUGGCUGGGUGAUGCAGAAACCAUGGCAGUAGAUAGCAUGCUUCCCAGCCCGUCUUCUAUCUCCUCCCCCAUGUUGGGCAUUGAGGGUCUACCCGGCCGACGUAGGAAGAAACGCACCAGCAUCGAGACCAACGUGCGAGUGGCUUUAGAGCGCAACUUCCACACGAACCAGAAGCCUACCUCGGAGGAGAUCCUGCUCAUGGCGGAGCAGCUCAACAUGGAGAAGGAGGUGAUUCGUGUUUGGUUCUGCAACCGCAGGCAGAAAGAGAAACGCAUCAACCCCUCCAGCAGCACAACCCCUCCCCUACCCAGCCAAACCUCGCCUGUUGUGUCACAUAAAGCCUCCUGCUACAGCCCGCACAUGAUAUCGAGUCAGGGCCUGUCCCAGGUCACCACCAGCCUCAGCACAGCAACAGCCGCCAGUUCGUCACCUUCAGCAUCCUGUCCCAUGACUCCAGUAAGCUCAGCUGCAGUAGGCUCCACCUCUUCUGCUGUAACCCCGCCCCCUCAUAGCACAGCCAGCCCCGCCCCUCCCAGUCUUGGGGCCCACGGGCUCAACACUGGGAACACAAUGAUGGGAGUAAGCACAGGGAUGAACCAGGCCCUCAUUGGCAGCAAUCCCCUGGCUACCAUGCAAGCACUGGCAGCCAGCAGCGGUCAACUGCCCAUCUCCAGCCUUGAGGGGGGAGCUGGUCACAUGCUUCUGGGUGGACCUGGGGGUCCGACUGUCCCCCCUUCUUUCCGCUCCUCCCUAUUCCUUAACCGCCCCACCCUCCUUCCUAUGGUGACCGGCUCUAUGGCGACAGCCUCCACGCCUGCCAUUGGACUGGUCAGCGGCGGUGGCAGCAGUGGUGGUGGAUGCGGCCCAAGGCCCCCCUUCUCCCAAUCUCCAUCCCACGGCGCCAGCGGCCUCAUGAGCCCAACCUCAUGCCCAGAGGAGUCCACAUCUCCUUGUUCAAGUCCCGCCUCUUUCUGUUCCUUCAGUGAAGCCUCACCGCCGCCCCUGGGAGGGGCCAUGGCCGAGUGAUCGCUGACUGACAGCCAAAGUAUCCUAUUAGAGGAGGAGGAGGAAGAGGAGGAAGCAGAGCGUUAAAGGAGCUUUAAAAAUCUAAAUUUACAAUGUCGCCUUUCAACCAAAGCCAUCUCUCUGUCUGAUCCAUCUUUGAUUUCGUCUCUCUCUUUCUCUGUCUCCCCACUGAAGUCUUCUGAAGCCAAAAAUAUACACAGAUUGAUGAGGGGAGGAAGCAAAGAGAGAGGGAGGAUGGAGAGGAUAGAGAGAACUGCAGAACGGAGGGGGACAUUUGAAACCAAAUAAUGAUCUACUGCUGGAGAGGUGGCAUUGAGGAGUGCUUUUGCUUGGCAUCGAACACCGUGCUUUUUAUCGGCUGGAGAAAAAAUAAACUCGCUGAGGGCAGGGAUGAGAAGCAAAACUGUGUGUGAGUAAUGGGAGGCAAAAAGAAAAGACUUGUUAAACAAGCCUUGGAAGGUCAUGUGGUUGCAACCAAAUUUAAAAAAAGAUGCUAGAAGAGAAAGACACACUUACAAAGAUGAAAACCAAAAUCUCCAAAUACCAAAAACUGAAAACCAAAAAAGACACAAAACAACAAACGGAGAGAAAAGCUUUAGUUCAAACUUCUGACCUGUCCAGGAUCAGUUCAGCACUCCAUUUUACUUCAUGCCAAACAUUUUCCAUUUUAGUCAGGACUUUCAUUAUUCUCAUUUUUAUUUAAGGAUUUACAAAACAUCUAUUUUUCUAUUAUUUUCUAUUCAUCACUCUUUAUGGUAUUUCUUGCCAUAUGCGUAAGUUUAAUGUUUUACAGCUGAUCUCAUACGCAGGAUAUCUACCUACCUCUCUCUUUACAGCUUUACAGUGUGAACCUACCUUACAUUACAACAGGCAGUGUUUGUUUUAUCCAGCCUGGAGUGGCAGAUGGGUGGGGUUUACUACUAUAAUUAAUAGCAUCAGGUAAGAUGCCAAUCCAUACAGACUGUAGAUGAAAAUAACUUUAAAAAGCUUUCUUGUGAAUGCCUGAGGUUUCUGGUAUUCAUUAAAUACCCACCCUUCUGGCACAUAAAUAGGAUAAAACCAACCAUAUGUGAAGACCAUAAGUUGAUUUUUUGGGAUAAUUUACAUCUUAAUUUUCUCUUCAUAAAGAAGUUUUCUAUCAGGAUUUUCAUCACCAUUAUCAUCAUGAUUAUCAUUAUGAAAAAUCUCAUUGUUAUCUUUAAAGUUGGCUCAAACUGACGUAUACACACUGAACAGUAUUUAUACUGCCUACAAAGAGGAUUCACACAAGCCACAGGCAGAUGUGGACAGUCUUGGCAUUUUUUUCAGCAUUAUUUGCCUUCUUUUAUUUGUUAUCAACCCAUACACACCCACAUCAUCAUCAUGUCAUCUUCCAGACUGCUCAUCUACCACCAGACAGUCACUCUUGGAUACCAAAGCAUCGCCUCUGGCAGCGUUGUCUCUGGAUUCGCCCGGGAGACGAGUGUCCAGACAAAACCUCAGCAGUGUCAAAGGGAAAAAAAUACACACACACUACAAGCGUAAGAAAGAGUCCAAACCAAAAAAAAAAAAAGAACAAAAGAAAGAGGUGAAGCACCGGCGUUCCCCUUACUGCCCCCAAACCCCUGCCCUCCAUCCCUCCCUCCCAUCUGCCCCUCUCCUUUGUCUCCUAAGAUCAGAUCAAAGGGCCAAAAGAAAAGAGGAGAAGAGGAGGAGGAGAAGGAGAAGAAGUCAGGAGCGCAGGAGCCAAAGGUAUGAAAAGCUGCAGGGGAAAACAAGAAGAAGAGGAGGAGGAGAAGAAGAAGGGAGAAGAGCAGGAGGAGGUGCGCUAGAAGCGGCGGACCAAAAAACCAAAAAGUAACCCAAAACCAAAAGCUACUACUACUGCUACUAGUUAUGUAUGAGUGACUGAACCGUAACUAAACCAAAUACAAACAAAGAGUAGGAGGACGAGGGGAGAAAAGGGGGGAGUAAGGCCCUGUCUGUCCGUUCGUCUUUAGCUGUGAUUGCUGUUCUUGUAUCGACAGACAGAAAUCGUUCCCUCCCUCCCUCUGCCAGCGACCUCGGCUUUGUUCUCACUUUCUUUUUCCUGGAUGGAUAAAAUAUGAAAUAACCUCAACAAACUGACUUUGAGAAUAUAUAUAUUUUUGUUUUUGCUUUCCAUAGUGUGUCUGUUAAUGAUGUAUGAAUUUGUCUCAUUGCUUUCUACUUAUUAUGCGGCGGGAAGGAGGGAGGGUGGGGAGGUGGUGGGUUUUGGCAACAUGUUGCCUAUUUUCAUAUCUUCUUGUCUCUUCGGCUGUGCUCUGGGUUUUUUAUUUUUGUUUAUGGUUGAAAAUAACUGUGAAAAUGUAGCUUCCGAGACUUAAAAAAAACAAAAAGUUUUUUAGUUGAUCCAGAAUAUUGUGAAAAAGCCAAAACUGAAAACCAAAAGCAAAACUUUUUAGACACACAACCAAACCAAAUAGAACAACCAAACCAAUGCACAAGUUGUACGAGUGCUGAAGUGGGUGCGCAUGCGUGUGUGUGUGUGUGUGUGUGUGUGUGAGAGAGUGUGUUUGUGCAUGUAUGUGUGUGUGUGUGUGUGUGUGCUUGUGUGAGCAUGUGUUGGUAUAAAGAUAAUUCUCUUGAUACAAACCAAACUGUACAAAAAGACUCUGUUCUGUCACAUUAACAUGUUGGACAAACUAAUAAUAAUUUUCUCUCAAUGCUUAUUUUAGACAGUUAAAAGCAAAACUCUGGUCCUUUUCAACCUCGACCCGUUUUCACACAGUUCGCCCAUCAUACUUAUCGUCUUCAACUUUCUCACCUGCUGCUUGGAGUGCGUAGAUGCAGUUAAUUUCUAAUAGAAACUCCCAAAAAUUCUAAUCUAAAAGUGAAACACAAAGCAGCAUUUUCAACACAUUUGUCAUCUUGCAAAAAGAUGUACAAAUGCAGUCUUUUUAGUUUAUUUAUGAUCAGAUAACUUUUACUAUUAUUUACAGUCUGCUUCUGAAGCUUGACUGUACAAUAGUUGUCAUUAACAGAUGUUUCUUUACAGAGUGAGAAUUGAGAAGUGAAUACAUGUUGAAAAAGACAUGCUUCUUGUGAUGUUGACUUUGGUGAUGAUCUUCAGUCAACACUAAAAUCUAUCAUUUUCCUUGAAUGCAUCACUAAGGGAAAUGUUUUUAGGGGAUAGUCUGUGAUUACAACAGUAUUAACACAUGAUAACAAAACAUUGCCAAAAAAUAGGUUCACUGUGAAGUUGCUUUUCAUACAUCGCACUGAUUUUAAUAAUGAAAGUUAGCCAGGGGUCACCUGGAAAGUAAGAACCUUCAUCAAUAAUGGAAGUUUAAUUUUAAGUUAAUAGGCUAAAACAUCCAAAUCUGCCUGCAGAUUCCUUUAAAUAGCUCUACAGUGAAGCAGUUGGUGGUAUUUUUGGGAGAAUGGAUCACUCCGGUGGAAGGAAAAGACAAGGCCCAGGUUGAAAAUAGAGUUAAGCUUUAAUGUAACAGACAGAGGCAACCAAUGAUGAAGAUGAUAUGGGAAGGGAAUGUGGGGGAUGCUGAUGUCUGAGGCGGAUUAAAGGCAGUUAACGUCCACUUUUAGAGGGAAUGUAUUAGUUAUUUUAGGUUUUUGUAGGGGGAAAAUAAUCUAUGUUCAACUGCUCUUACUUGUUGCUGAUGUAUAAAGAGGCUGGGGCUAUUAUCGUGACGACCGAAGACGAUGACUUGAUUUAUUGAGAACCAAAAGCUUUAAAACUGUUUAUCUCUCAUGGGCUCUUUGUUGGAAAAAAUGUAUUUAUUGUAUGAGGGGAGGCUUUUUGGGGGAUGGGAAAAACGGUUCGUUUGUAUUUUAUGAACUUCUCUGUCUCUCACCUUGUUUAUUUAUUGAUUCUUUAUUUAUGUAUUUAUUGGAUUCUAUUUAUGUCUUUCUGUAUCUUUGUAAUAGUUUUUCAGGGGUUAUUGUGAGGCUUGUGUCUGCAGAGAGGGGUGUUCUUGAGAUCACGACAAGAAGAGAAGAUGCCAAAAGAAUGUUUCAAAGCAAAACCAAACCUACAUACUGCUGUAACCUGAGACAGAGAGAGAAAGUAGCAGGGAAACUGUGACGGAGGAAAUGAAGUUUUCAAAUUAGCUUUGUGGGGAAAUUAUCUCUUGAAGUUCACUGUCCCAUGUUUCCCAUAUCAUGCAGAACCUGGAGUGUGUGUUGCAGUUUUGUAAUCUUCAGUCAGUGAUGUUUACUUCCCCUUUAGCACUGAUUUUAACAAGCUUUUUAAAAUAUUGUCAUUAUUGAUCACCAUCCAUGGUGUCAGGUGCAGUACACAGCCAGUUGCACCAGCUCUUUAUUAGUUCAAACUUAGCAUAGUUAUAACAAGUCUUUACUAAGUAGAUAUUUACAUAUCAAUUGUUAAAAUUGGUUGCACCACUGAAACUAGUUCAGAUUAGUCAAAGACGUAACUAUUUACAUCCAGUAACUGUCAGGUGUUGCUGUUACAUAGCUAACGUUAGUUCCGUUAGCGUGCUAAUAUAUGACCUGUUUAGACUGAUGAGUCAAAGAGCUAUGGUCGACAUAGCUAACCUGACAAUUGAUCAAAAUACUUUUACAAAGUGAUAUAAACUUGAACUUUUACAUUACAUUUCGCAAAAAUUACACAAAAUAGCUGUAGCUAUCUCUCAUUACAAAUGCUAUUGUUGGUGUUUGUUGGAUUAGCAUAAUUGAAUAUGAGUACUACAAACUCUGAAACUAUUUCUUUAAGUAUGCAUCCCUACAUUUACAGGAUUACAAGGAUUAGCAGUUAAGUUUUAAUAUCUAGAUAACCCCUAAAACUGUCAUAUUUUGCCAGUUAUGUCACAGCUUGUGAUGCUAAUGGUGCCUCCUGAUUAGAUGACACUACAGAUGUUUCCUCAAACUGAUUUACGUAUUACUAAAGUCUUUAUUACUUAUCUUGUCACUACUAAAACGUCUUUUUUAUGGUGCAACCUGAUAUAGUAAAUCACUUUUACUCUAAAACUAGUUAGUGGUGGCUAAGAAUUUAAGGACUUAACACACAAACUUGGUAAUGGACUUUAGCUCUUGCAACCCGAUCCUGGUGGAUUAAAUUUGCUGCUUUAGGACAUUCCAAACAGCAAAUCUGGCACUGGAAAAUAAACUAAACUGACUGUUUGACCCAGCUCAAUUUCACACACUCAAAACUGGUUAAACAUGUCAGUGGUUGUCACAUUUCCCAACUUUCGCCCAGUGUUUUGGUUUAAAAUCCAACAUUUCUGUCCUGUUAAGUGAAUUUCCUCCGUUCACGUCUCCUCCUCUCCUCUCUAAAAAGCUUUCUGAUUCCCUCCGUCCCACUUCAGGACGAGGGUUUUAACUCAUACCUCUGAUACUCUGAUGAAAAAACCAAAUAGACAUUCAAGCUUUAAUGACAAAAAAAAUACAAAAAAAAGACGUGACUUGUCUGAACUCAGGAGUGAGGGAUGUGAAACUGGCCCUAGCAAGUUAUCUUGAUGAAGGAGAAACAAAGAUUUUCAUUAACCAGUUGUUCCUAUGGCUUUAACCUACAGAAUACACCGCCAUGUCCUCUUGCUGUUUGGAGUUCAGUGAAGUGCUAAGGAUGUGGCUGUGCUUUGUAGAGAGAAAGGUGUGUGUGUAUAUUCAUCACUGCUGUCGGAGGAAAACAUUUGAACUCCAGGUUUCGUGUUUUUACUUAAAAUGUGAAUUUAUGUUUUUAGUGUGUUGCUCGAGCAUUGUGUUACUUGGGCCGUUAAAAAUCCACUGCAGAGCUGAAAAACUGUGUGGAUGUCAGAUUAAACUUAAGAAAAUACAAAUUUAUAUUUUUAAGAUU